AUGAAGUACGUUAUUGUAUCGGGUGGUGUUAUCUCUGGUAUCGGUAAGGGUGUGCUAGCAUCCUCUACCGGUAUGUUGCUCAAGACACUUGGGUUGCGUGUGACAUCGAUUAAGAUUGAUCCUUACAUGAACAUCGAUGCCGGUACUAUGUCUCCGCUAGAACACGGUGAGUGUUUUGUGUUGAAUGAUGGUGGUGAGACAGAUCUGGACUUGGGUAACUACGAGAGAUAUCUUGGUGUUACUUUGACCAAGGACCACAACAUCACAACUGGUAAAAUCUAUUCGCAUGUGAUCUCUCGUGAGAGAAAAGGUGACUACUUGGGUAAGACGGUCCAGGUGGUUCCCCACUUGACAGAUGCAAUCCAAGAUUGGAUCGAGCGUGUUGCCAGGAUUCCAGUUGAUGACUCCGGUAUUGAACCCGAGGUAUGUAUCAUCGAGCUUGGUGGUACUGUGGGUGACAUCGAGAGCGCUCCUUUCGUAGAGGCUUUGAGACAAUUCCAAUUCAGAGUUGGCAGAGACAACUUUUCUCUAAUUCAUGUUUCUCUAGUUCCCGUGAUCCACGGUGAGCAGAAAACAAAGCCAACCCAAGCUGCUAUUAAAGAUUUGAGAUCCUUGGGUCUUACUCCCGACAUGAUUGCUUGUCGUUGUUCCGAAACUCUAGAUGAUCCAACUAUUAACAAGAUCGCUAUGUUCUGUCAUGUGGGCCCUGAACAAGUCGUGAACGUGCACGAUGUGAACUCUACCUAUCACGUUCCAUUGCUUUUGCUCGAACAGAAAAUGAUCGACUACUUGUCUGCUAGGUUGAAGCUCAGCGAGAUUACAUUAAAUGCUGAGGACAAGAAACGUGGUGACAAUCUCUUGGCUAGAUGGAGAUCGUUGACAACUUCCAUUGACGAGUCCUUUGAGGUUGUCAAGAUCGCAUUAGUUGGUAAAUACACAAAUCUAAAGGACUCUUACCUAUCUGUGAUUAAGUCCCUCGAACAUUGUAGCAUGAGAUGCCGUCGCAAGUUGGACAUUGUAUGGGUUGAGGCAUCUGAUUUGGAGCCUGAAGCUAAUGAAACUGAUAAGAGCAAGUUCCACAGCGCUUGGAACAAGUUGAGCAGUGCUGAUGGUGUUUUGGUUCCCGGUGGUUUCGGUUCCAGAGGUACUGAGGGUAUGAUUUUGGCCGCUAAAUGGGCUCGUGAAAAUAACAUUCCAUACUUGGGUGUGUGUCUAGGUUUGCAAGUGGCUACCAUUGAGUUUGCACGUAACGUCUUGGGAUUGAAGGAUGCUACUUCUGCGGAGUUUGACGGAGACAGUCCAGAAGAAUCGCAUGCUGUUCUUUACAUGCCUGAGAUUGACAAAGAAAAAAUGGGUGGUACUAUGAGACUCGGCUUGCGUCCUACUAACUUCCAAAACGAUUCCGAAUGGAGUAAGAUUCGUAAGUUAUACGGCGGUGCUAGUGAAGUUCACGAGAGACAUCGUCACCGUUACGAGGUCAACCCUAAGUUGGUUGAGCAACUAGAGAAUGAAGGAAUGAUUUUCGUGGGUAAGGACGAGACCGGGGAAAGAUGCGAAAUCUUGGAGUUGCGUAACCACCCAUACUAUGUGGCGACACAAUACCACCCAGAGUACAUGUCCAAGGUUUUGGACCCAUCGAAGCCAUUUUUGGGGUUGGUGGCAGCGUCUUCAGGCAUUUUGGAUCAAGUGUUAAGCGAGCAAACAAGCUUUACCGAAAAAGCAGAGUUUUAA